AAUGUGGCGAUGGCCGGGUAGUGUGAACUGUUUACACGGAAUGAUAUGUGUUUUAUUGGUACUAUUUUAUUUGAAAUGAAUGUGUGUAUUCCUAAAAGGAAUGUAUUUUCGUAAACUCCGACUGUAUUCCUUUUGUUAUUAUUUGUUUUGUGUUGUGAAAAAUGAUUGACCUGGAGCACAGAAUGAAAUUAUAUCAUUCGUGUUUUGCAUUUCUCUUUAACACUGUAGUAAUACAAUUGUUAUAAAAAUUCUCCGAUAAGAAAAAAAAUUCAAAAUAUUCAAAGAUUAGAGCGUUACUAUGGGCCCUAAAAACGGGAAGAAAGAUGUACGAAUUCUAUUAGUUGGUGAACCGGGUGUUGGUAAAACAUCAUUAAUAUUGUCUUUGGUGAGUGAAGAAUUUCCCGAAGAUGUACCACCAAGAGCUGAGGAGAUCACCAUUCCAGCUGAUGUCACUCCAGAAAAAGUACCUACAAAUAUAGUUGACUAUUCAGCUCAAGAGCAAAAUGAAGAUUCUCUAGUUGUAGAGCUGCAUAAGGCCAAUGUCAUAUGCAUUGUGUAUGCUGUAGAUGAUGAUGACACUAUAGACAAAAUUACAUCAUACUGGUUGCCCUUCAUACAAGAACAACUGGGUGAAAAUCAUCAAAUUCCUGUUGUGCUUGUAGGAAACAAAGUAGAUCUUGUUGAAUAUAGUUCAUUAGAGAUUAUCCUACCAAUUAUGAAUGCAUAUGCAGAAAUAGAAUCAUGUGUUGAAUGCUCUGCAAAAACAUUGAAAAAUAUUUCAGAACUUUUUUAUUAUGCUCAAAAGGCAGUACUUCAUCCCACCACCCCUUUAUAUGUUACUGAAACAAGAGAUCUGACUGAAAAAUGUAAAAAAGCUCUCACAAGGAUAUUCAAGAUCUGUGAUUAUGAUAAUGAUGAAAUUUUAAGCGAUUAUGAAUUAAAUCAAUUUCAGCGGAGAUGUUUCAAUACUCCUUUACAACCUCAUGCUCUUGAAGAUGUAAAAAACCUGGUGCGAAAAAAUGUUGAUGAUGGUAUAAGAAAUGAUGGCUUAACUCUAAAAGGGUUUCUCUUUCUUCAUGUUUUAUUUAUUCAAAGAGGAAGACAUGAAACUACUUGGGCUGUUCUACGAAAGUUUGGUUACGAUGAUAACAUGCAAUUAAAUAAGGAUUACCUUUGUCCUAGGUUAGUUGUUCCUCCUGGUUGUACAACAGAGCUGAGCCAUCAAGGAUAUCACUUUCUUACCACAUUAUUCGAAAAAUAUGAUCAGGAUAAAGAUGGAUGCUUAUCUCCAUCUGAAGUUUCUGAUCUAUUUAGUACCUGUCCAGUUAUUGCUUGGGGUCCUGAAAUUGUCAACGUUGUACCUACCAACGAGAAUGGAUGGAUAACUUUGCAAGGAUACUUAGCUGAAUGGACGUUAAUAGCUGCCUUAGAUGUGAAUCGUUUGAUGGAGUUCCUAGCUUAUUUAGGCUACAUAUCUUCCUCAGAUGAAAAUCAACUGUCUGCAAUUAUUGUUACAAGAGAGAAAAAAUUAGAUUUACAAAAACGCCAAACUAGUCGAAAUGUAUUUCACUGCCAAGUGAUAGGACCACAAGGUGCGGGUAAGACUUCAUUUAUGCAAGGCUUCAUUGGGAAAAACUUACAGCAGCAGGCUUCUAUUAAUAAAGCUCAACUGACGCAUUACACAGUUAAUUCAUUACAAGUUUAUGGACAAGAAAAAUAUGUAUUGUUACAUGAAGUGGACAUAUUUGGUAUGAACGACACGUUAACACCUCCAGAAUUGUAUUGUGACGUAGUUUGUCUCAUGUACGAUGCAAGUCAUUCCCACUCAUUUGAGUACAUUGCAAGAUUAUUUCUGAAAUAUUUUAGUGACAGUAAGGUGCCUGUGCUAUUUAUUGCUUCAAAAGCAGAUCUGCCGGUUUCUAUUCAAGAUUAUGCUCUUCAGCCGAUGCAGUUUUGUGACAAGCACAAGUUACCCCCACUUCAGCCAUUCACGGCUUAUGGAGUGGUGCGAAAGGACGCUUACGUGAAACUCGCAACAAUGGCUGCUUAUCCUGUCUACAAACCUGCUUGGAAGCUUCUUUGUCAGUCCAGGCAUUUACCAUUAGCUCAGGACUCGACUGUUUGGGUCAAAGCUGGUCUUGGCAUGGCUGCUGUAGCGUUAGUCAGUCUCUUUCUUGUCAAAAUCAUCAAGGCCGCAUCUGAAAAUAGAUUUGAUAUGAGUGUAUUUAACAUUUCUCCCCCUCGAUGUAAGAACUUUAUGAUAUUGCGAGGUAGCAGUGUACAUAAACAAUAAAAGAUUAUAUUUUGAUUCUAUGGUAUUCUAUCGGGAGGAGAAAUAGGUCGGAUACUUCCAGUACUUUCUUCUACGAACUUGAUGCUAUUGGAUAGAAAAGUAAAAGCCGUCGAAUCGCAUUAUUUCAUCCCCUUUGUCUGGCAUUUUGUGGGAGCUUAGAAAUAUACCAACUCUGAAUGGAUUUCAUUUGUAUAAAUUUUAUUGCAAAUAAUGUAUCAUGACUGAUGAUGCCUUAAAUCAAUUUUUUAAACUCUAUGGUUUGAAUCAAAUUCAUUUUAUGAACAAAAUUCAUUUAAAUAGAUCUUACUCAUCUAUGAUCAAAUUCCUUUUCUAAAUGAUUUUUGAUAUAAAUUUAGAUGUACAUUCUAAGAAAGUCCUAAAUGUAAUUUUUAUUUUUGAAAUGCAAUAAACCAGUGGUUUCCAAACUUUUCUCACCUGUGCCCCCCCCCCCCCAUGUUCCUAAUAAUCUGAUUUCAUAAAUACUAGCCUGGAAUUACAAUUUAUUGAAUGGGUUAGAAAAACAAUACCAUAUCUUGUAAACUAAAAAACAGAACGCCAAAAAACAGAUAUUAUAAUACAAGAUAAUUUUACUACAUUUAAACAUUCAUGCAAAAUUACAGUAAAAAUAGGUGUUUAAAAUACCACAUGAGCGAAAUAUUUAUACAAUAUUAAAAUGAUGGGCAGGAUUGUUUUUGGGGUGCAAAUUUUCCCAAAUAACUGUGUGUCCGUUAAAAAGACAUCAAUGUUUUAGUAAGGGCUAUUAAACCCAAAUGCCAUAGCAAUGAUAUAUUGCUGGUUUUUAUUUUCCGACAUGCAUUUGUUUUGUGUGUGUAAAAAAUGUUUGUAACAGCCGAGUAGCGCCCUUAAAAUUGUUCUAUGCCUCCCUAAAGAGAUGUUAUUGGAAACCACUGCAGUAAACUCUUGACUAUACGACUUGUAAAAGCUUGAAAAAGAUAAAUGUUGGAAAAGGCCGUGUAGACCGAAUAAUUUUCGUUAUAAUGAACAGUUAAUUAAGAUUUACGAAUCAGGCUUGCAUUUAAUAUUUUCCCAGCUAUGUAUGUCUUAAAAUGUGUAACAUAUAUUUUUAACCACAUGACAGGAUAGGAAAAAAAAAACAUUUAUAGGAGUCCAACCUACCUUCCCACCACACUGGUCAGAUAGUCCAGAGUUUACCAUUCUGAAAAUGUUCUUAAAUAUGCAGUUAAAUUGUUCCAAGUUAAAAUUACUUUCAAUUCAUUUUUAUGGAUUAAAAUUAAAAUAAACUUUUAUUGCAAAUUUCUUCUUUUUCUCAUUCUGAUCUUAAGCUUUUUUUCAAAAAAUAAAAAUAUAACGUUUCUCAAAAGUUUAGAAUGGCUGAUGUUCAGAUUAUUAGAAGUAAAUUAGUCUAUUGUUCGAUGCAAUUCCGCGAGUGCUUUGUGUUCUGUAAUGUGAUAAAUUCCAGUAUUUAAUGAAGAAAGAUUGUUUUAAGAAACCUUCUUGUACCAAUUGCAAGGAGUAUGUACUAUUCUCAUUUGUAGGAGAUAUUUCUCAUGCUUUGUACAUAAUAUAAACUGCUAAAUAAAAGAAUUU